UUUCACCGGUCAGCAGCGUGUUAGCCGUGGUGUGAAUGUCACCAUGUUUGAGUGUAAAUAACGAGUGAAAUCAGCGAGGAUUAUUUGAGAGAGAGAGAGGAUGACCGAGCUCCAGGAGGACGCGCCGCUGUCCGAUGAGGAGAGGGAGUUUCAGAAGGUCAUAACACUGAUCGGUGGGAAAGAGAGAAUUUAUUUGGUGUGCGAUACGCGUCAGACUAAAGACGCGGACGGAGAGAACGUUGGCAUCCUGGACGAGUUCAUGAGAGAGUUGUUUCACGAUGGCACAUGUGCCAAGACCAACGCACAGCCCAGAACAGCCAGUACCAACAACAUAGACUGCAGCGAAACACAGUGUCUGGAGAAAUCUCCGAAAAUAGAGGACGUGGACUUGAAAGAUGCCCCCGUUGGAAAGGACACGGAGAAGGGGAAAGGGAACGAGAAGGCUCGGAUAACGGUGACGAGGAGGUUUAACAUCUACAGCCUUAAACGCGCUAUAGACUCUCCGGUCAUCGUCUUCAUGUUCCGACAGACAUUUGUCAGCAAAGAGUCCAACAACGUGUGCAUAAAGGAGAUCCUAAAGGACGUGAAGGCGCGUACCAAACAUGCCACAAUCGCCAGACCGGCUCUGAUUGGAUUAAUCCACAGCAGGCAGGAGAGCGCAGAGACGCGCUGCUGUGUGCAAAACCUGGACCGUCUGAUUCGAUCCGUGUUCUGCAGACAUUCGCCAGAGACUAUUUGGACCGAAUGCUUUAUACCGAAGGCUGAGGCUAAAGUGCUCAGCAUAAAGAUGAACGCGUGCAAGGUCAUCAGUUCAUCUCAAACCACAGAUAAUACCAUGGAUAGAGUGAACUCGCUUUUCUGGCCAUUCCAAUGUUUGUUCUGGCCCCACAGAAGACGGACCAGAGGUCACACAAACAACUCUACAACCAAUCGACAAAGAGAAGACACUGGAAACACUGAGGAAGGCAUACCUCUGAAAACAUCGUCCAUCACUGUUGAAUGCAGUGUCGUUGACGGGCCAGGCAGAUCUGGUAGCUAAUGUCAGCUGACACCUAAGGGCUUUUUGCAGCAGGAAAUGUCACUGUUAAAAUAAUCCUAUUGUUACUGUGAACACAUGAUCUGUAACUCACAGCAUGAAAAAUGAUUCCUGAUAGUACUCUGUUUUACCAUGGAACAAGGACUUGUUUCUUGAAGUUAAAAGCUUUGUUCUUUUGUCAUCUCAUGUUUAUAUUGUAUCCACCACACAUCCAACAUUUAGGUGGCCACAUCCAACAUUAGUUAUACACACGUGUGGAUUCUGUUCUAUAGUUCAAGUUGCAGACUUUUUCAGUUAAAGGAUGCUUCUUACAGAUGUAAUUAUUGGGAUCAACUAACGACCAUUUGAAUGGCACUGCCUCAAAACCACAGUGUGUCUUCUACAAAUUUUGUUGCACAAUAUUAUAUUAAAAUGUAAAACGUAAGUACAUAAAUUAAUGAAGUUCAUAAUAUAUAUAGGCUGUUAAGUCUCUUAGCGGAAAGCUUACAUUUCUGAUUAAUGAAUCUGUGCCUUUUUUUUCUUUCUUUUUUCUGCCAUUUGUUUCUUGGUGUGCUUAAUAUUCUAAUGCCUAGAUCCAAACUAUGUUCUGACAUGAAUUAAAAAAAACUAACUGCACUAGGAAAAAGAAUGACUCUGAUUUAUGGGGUCAAAGCUCAGGGCCUUAUUUGUUUACUAAUUGUGGUCAUGUAAUGUGUUCCCUUUUAUGUUGUCAUAAAACUAAGAUUUGUGCCUUAAAGAACCCUGGUUUCUUUGUACAUCUUGUAAUUCAUAAGUUGUGUAAAUACAAAAAAUAAAACAUUGCAUUUAUA